GUUUUCAAAACAUAAGGUGUGGGGCCAGAAACGGCCGGCAAAGACUGCAAUCUGGUCAACUGAAUAAUUUUGAAAAAUGUGAACAAGGGCAUAAAUAUCUCCAUUUUAAUAGUGUUUUCACAUGAUUUAACAGCUUUGGCUACUAAUAAAGACCUCCCCUACUGCCAUCCAUACUAAAGUAAAUAAAUAAUAGAUAAACAUUGAAAUGACAGAAACGUCCACCACAGGUGGUCCCUGCAAGAGAGAACUGUUCCAGACAAACAUGUAUACAUCAACAGUACGGGGUCAUGCUGAGGAAGAGAACUGCAGAUGUGAUGCACUCUCUCUCGGUGGAUUCUAGAGGAAGGCUAUGACGGGUGCCAAGAGAGGAAGUGUGGGACUGCAUGAGGAAGUCAGGAAUGGUAGAGAAGUGUAUGAGAGUGAUGGUCUAGAGCAGGGGUGGGCAACUACAGGCCUCGAGUGCCGAUGUUCUGCAGGUUUUAGAUGUGACCUUGAUACAACUCCAAGAAUUGUGUGAGCGGCUUCCGUCUGUCACAUGACCACAGCGUUCUACAGUCAUUGGUUCUGCAUAAUACAUAUUCAUUAAACGCUUUAAAAGCAUCGAUUUCUGCUCACUUAGCGGUCUUAUUUCACUCGUUUUUAAACUCAAAUAUUUGGGGGUUGUAGCCGCCCUCUUUAAUCUGAAGGGUAACGGUUGUUUAUCCGGGACUCUCUAUUUCGGCUGCGCAGUCGCACUCGGGAUGUUUGCCUUCGUCCUACAUGUUGAAAAACUACAUUAACCGUCAACCGUGGUUUGUUAGGCGAAGUCACGUGGUACCACAGGCUACAUACAUAGCGUCUUUGGGCUGAGUAGGUGGGACACUGGCUGUUUCUGUUGAGGCAUAUUUGAGAAAUGCACGCCGAUUGUGUGGAAAUGGCUCGUGCUUGAAUGUCCGGACCGAGACUCAUCUGUGAUGGAAGCUGCGCUCAAUAACCGCUGAAAGUGUGGUGUCAACGUUAGCGCAGCAAGCUCGUCAGGAUGCGCAUGACUUUUGGGGUUUCGAGCAGUGUGACGCUGCUGUUUGACUUCUGGGAUGUGCACAGCCCUGCAGGGAUGGUGGUGUCAGUGCUGGUGGUCUUGCUUCUGACUGUCUUUUACGAGGUGCUUAAAGUGUGGAGAUUGUGGCUGGGGAAUCCCUCCAAGCUGACCCAGCCUCAGUCUCCAUACGACGCCCCAUCUUCCCACUGCGACAGCAUCUCUGUCCUGGACAGCAGCCCCUCUGAAUCCUCACUGACCCCUAUAGCAUCAGUCGUUACACCUCAAAGUACCAGGAACAGCUGGUUGUUGCACAUCAUACAGACGGUCCUCCACAUGCUGCAGGUGUCUCUGGCCUACAUGCUGAUGCUGUGCGUCAUGUCCUAUAACACCUGGAUAUUCCUCGGGGUCAUCACGGGGUCGGUCCUCGGUUAUUUUAUCUCAUUUCCUCUCUUAGGUCGGAUGUGAUGGCACAGACAUUUAAUAGUGAAAUAAAGAAAAGUUUACUUUUUACUAUCCGAGGAUCUCGAAGGAUGGAAAAAUUGGUGGAGAAUGAGCCACGUGACACUAAACUUUGCCUAAACCUCAUCUGGAUAUAGAAACUGAAAAUGAUUUUAAGCUUCCAGAAAACAGAAAAUGCUACAUUUUAACAUUUGUCCCUAAUUAACAAAUAACUCAUUUCUGUUAAAGGUACAUAAUGUUAAGAAAACACUCAGUUUUUCAGUCCUAGUAUUAGUUCUGCUUCACCUUUAAGUCAGCAGACUGUGUGAGUAAUACCUGUGGAAAAAUGAUUUUUUUUCUU